AUGGUGCUCCAUCGCUUUGGCACGGAGGAAAAGUUCAUCCUUCUGGGCAAGGGCAACCAGCUCUACUCGCUAGGGCUGGUCCCGGAUGCAGAGACACCACAGGAAAUCCUGCUGAAUGAUGAAGCAUGGAAAGUGGAGGCCGGCUCGAGCGAGGACAUUGGCGCUGUUCAGAUCCUGGGAACCAAGGAGGAGGCGCUUGUGGUCAACCAUAUGCUUGAACUGUUCUCUGUGAAGUAUGCUGAGAGCCAACUUGGCCGCAGACUUUUGCCGGAGCAUAAGGUGAUCCAGCUCGCUUGCAGCGAUAUUCACUUUUUGGCCUUGACCACGCAUGGUGCGGUGUUUGCUUAUGGUCAGAACAAUUAUGGACAGCUGGGCCUGGGCAAUGCUGACCAGGUCGAAGAACCCACGCAGCUGGAUCUCAAGAUGACUGUGGCGCAAGUAAGCACCCCUGCAUUCGCCACCUUCGUGGCUUGUGGUCAAGCUCAUUCAGUGGUCAUUUGUCAGAAUGAAUCGGUUCUGUGCUUCGGAAUGAACAACACUCAUCAGUGUGGCAUGAACUCAAAUGGUCAAUCUCUUGUCACUCCAACCCCCCCUGAAUGCCCAGAAGCAGAUCAUUAA